AUGUUGAAUAAACUUGCAAGUCACGGUAUAGCCGGUGCUGAAAGGAAGGCGAGAGUUUACCUCGUCAAAUUUUACUCGUCACUCCAGGAGUUCCAGAGAAGCGGCAAGUUAAAUCAUGACUUUAAAAUGGGGUUUGGUAUCAUUCUGCAAUUCGCCAAUCACCAAUGUGUCUAUGAUACGGUCUCGGGCAGGCGCCCUCCCGGAGUCCUCCUGCUGUCUUUCUCCAUCGUCUCCACCACUCCUCCCAGUCACCCCAUGGUUACUAGCACUCUCCCCGUCCUGCUCGCCUUGCCACAAGCCCCAACCAAUACUCCCUCUCUCCCUAUCAAGACUGCAAUCGAUACUCCGGGAAAACCAGUGGUCGCACUCGCUAAUCCAUCGGCAAGGUCGAUCAUCGAUUGCUCUGGAUGGCACCAUAUACAAGGACCACGUUCGGAGAUGAAUUGGUAG